AUGAAUCCUAACCCCACUGGCUAUGCUGCCAUGCAGCAGCAUCCAAACCCCAUGCUGGCUGCUGCUGGCGCGUAUCCCGCGCAGACUGGCAGCCCAAGCAGCCAACAGCAACAAUUUGCGUACUAUGGCAACCCCAUGGCCUCGUAUGCUCAGCCCCGGCCACAGCAACAACAGCAUUCCUUCAACGCCAUGCCAAUGCAGGCCCAGACAACGGGGCCCAUGGCCAUGAACAUGUCCGCUCCCCACGCCAAUAUUAAUCUGCCUUAUUCUUCUUCUCCUUCACCAUUCCCUCCGACAACCACCACCGCGCCCUCUCCCUCGCAGGCUCAAAGCCCUUCCACCGUGCCAACAACGUCCCUGCAGCAAUCACCACAGAACAUGGCCGCCUUCUCGAAUCCCGCCAUGAUGACUGCUCAGCAAAGAUCCGCCGUUCAGGCUCCCACCCAGUCACCCAAGGGACAAGGACAACAAGGACAGCCCCAAUCUUCCGCAGCCGCACAGCGCGAGCGCGCCCGCAUCAGUGCCCUUCUCACCAUCAACUCAAGCCUCCUCCAGGAGGUCGUGAACCUGCAAGCAGCAGGAAAGGCCGGUGCUAAUCCUGCGCAAUCAUCGCCGACGCAAGGGCAGUCUACCGGUUCGCCUGGUGCGGAUCCCACCGCCAACGCGAAUGAUCCCUCCAAAAAACCUAGUCAAGAAUAUGUCGACUGCAUGCGCCGCCUUCAAGUCAACCUAGCAUAUCUCGCUACUAUCGCUGAUCGCUCUAAGAAACCAGGCGCUGCUGUUCCGACCGCUCCAAUUCUCACUGCGCCCCCAAACAUGCCUAAGCUGAAUGAGAUGUACACAAAACUCAACGAGUUGUUCCCGGAGGCCGGUCGAAAUGCUUCAGUGCCUCAACCAAGACCUAGUCAAUCGGGCCAGGUGGCUGAAAAUGCGGUGUGA